UCAAGUGUGUGAAAUGAAACCUAAAAUAUCGCUGCAACUUGUAGAAAAGAAGCUUCACAAACUGAGCGCGAUUCAGGAAAUAUCGAUACAGCUAGAAGAAACGCGAAAAUUUUUAUCGCAUUUCUUCAUCCUGCUGGAAGAUGACGCGCAGUACGAAGACGGUUAUUUUCAAACGUUGAGUCUUUGCGAGUAUUUGUUUUCACGAUGUGAUCAUACCGAUCGAGAUAUAAUUGUAGUGACCAAAAUACUGAACACGAUAUUGGAAAUAAUCAACCGGGGUUAUGUGAGUACGCAAGUGGUUGUCUUGUCGCUUGCCACAAUUCACACUAUCAUGGGCCACCUGCACCUUUCGGAAGUGGUAAAGCUACGUGAAAUGUUGCGAAUGAAGCUCCCAAUUGUUAAUCAAUACUUCAGGCAGAUGAACAAUUUCAGCAUUAUGUCCUCCAUUGUUGGUUUUAUUUACACAUAUGUGUAUAAAUACGACCCUACCGAUAGGGAAGCUAUGUUACAAGAGGUAUUGAACGAUUUUGACGAUGUGACGGGAAAACUAACCGAAAUGUUAUUGUGGCCAUUGCAAUCGUUCAAUUCGAAAUGCCGAGACUUUCUGAACAACAUUCCGGAUCGAAAGUACUUUUCACUGUCUGCCCGUUUUGCAACAUUCGGCGGCAGAACAAUUGUACCACGUAGGGGCUAUGAUUGUAUUUCGUUCGAAUGGAAUUCUCAGCCGCACGAGCUUUCGUUUGGCACGUUUUGUUUUGAAGGAGAAUCGGACAAAGUUUCUGAAGUUAGUAUCGACUAUAAAGACAUCUCCACGUUGGACAUCUUUUCGGACUGCAAGGAGCCGCGUGUUGUAUGUGAAUAUGGAAAAAUUACAGCGACGGGAGUUUCUAUGGGAGAAUCUUACCAGCUAAAGAUUGCCUGUUUGGACAAUGCUGAGCUACACGAACUAGCCAUCUUUAUAAAACCGUUCAUCAACUCGAUAUGUAACACCAAUCUUUCACAUGUUGAACCAUCGAUCGAUGAAGUCGUAAUUCGGCACGACAAACUGUACAACACUGUGGAUCUUAAUGUUAGCAGCCACUCGUUGGUCUACGACAAUAGCCAAAUGGUACGGACGCCUCCAAUUCCAAGAGAUUCAACGUCUCCACAGGCUUUGCACUCAAUGGGAAUGAAUGAAAAUAAUUGCGAGGAAAAUAUUAGUUUUCAAGAGCGGGACACGAAUUUCAAACCUUUCGACAUGCAGUGGAAAGAUAAAUUACUAAGCAGCUCCGCGAAAAAUAAGCGCCCAAUGUACGACCCGUACGAUAUAGCGCACAUGCGAGAGGAGGAACGAGAACAACGGAGACAAAAGGGCUUUGGACCGGUUGCAAAAAGAGGAAGAGUUAAAAAAGGCGCCAGUGUUGCUAGCAGUCAGCGUACGCAACUUACGCAUUGUUCAACUCCGGAAAAACAAUGCAAUCCAAAGGUAGUGGACAUACCGCUUCCGAUCGAUCAAGAUGAGUUAUCUCCAAUUGAUGAAAAUAGUGAGCAGGUGGAUAGUGAUGGCAGCGAUGCCACGUACGUACCUUACACUAUGUUAUCAAAAACAGCGAGCCAUGGUCGUGGAAAUCAAAAAGGAACGGUGCGCCAAAGCAAAGCAUCCGCACGUGUACUACGUAAAAAAUCAAACAUGAAGAAGAAUGUAGAAAACAAGGGUGAUUCGGGAACCGGAAAAAGACCAGCUGCAAAGGGUAGAAAAGCACAGCAAUCGGGUGCUUGGUCACAGUCGACCAAGCAGAUGGAUGUUACUGGUUAUGAUGUUUCGGGUCGUUCAAUGGAUACAACGCUAUCCAAACCGCAAACCCGUGGCCGAAGCAAUACAGGAAAAACCAACUUCCUAUGCGAAAGGCUGAAUGCCAAAAAAACGACCACGCAAACUACUACCAAAGUGACGACCACCAAAACAACAGAGGUAGGUAUUGGUGCUUGUACGGAUGUAGAUAACAAUCCAUCGACAGAAAUAGCGACGCUGGAGGAUGUUAAUAUGACGCUACCGCCCGAAACCGUGCCAGUUCAUGCAACACAAAAGGUUACAACACACACGAGUCUUUACAAAGUCGAAAAACAUCAAGAGUACAGAGUGCAGCGUGGAGUAAAUCAACUCGAUUGUUGUAUUGUAACCGAUGCACUAACGGAAGGAGAUCGUGCGCAUAUAUUAGCACACGUAAACAAAAUCAUAGAAAUUUUAGCUCAUGCCAGCAACAACGCUGGAGCUCACUGAUUCAAUUGAACUAAAGAGAAGUCACGCGGAAUAGGAUGAGAAGACCUGUACCUACUCUGAUGUAUGAUCGACAUUCAUGACGUUAAUUAACAUGGAUUGCUAAUAUCGUUCUAAUGAAUAACAUACAAAAAGGAGUACAUAAUUUAUUGUAUUAUUAAGCUAAUAGAGUUUAGUUACUUUCUGCUAAACGUGAAUUGAGCUUCGUAAACAUACAAAAAACUUCCGUAAUUCUUUCAAAACUUUCAUUCUCGUCGUAAUAUAAACAAUAUUCAAUACGUAUAGCUUGUUACGGAGGCAACAUAAUUAUUUUAUCCAUUCAAUACAUGUAACUCUACAAUGAUGUAGAACGAUCAGUAGUGUUUUCUUGGAUACAAUAAAAUUUACAUAU